CUGAGUGAAUACGACCACCGUCUUUCUCAUAUCUCUUUAUUACAGUUCUCACAACACUUAUUUAACGGAGUGACAAUAGCGAGGGGGGAAAUUUUCUUCCCGGAAACUAUACCGAACAAGGCGAUCUUUCUGGUUUUAUUGUCGGGUUGCCGAUGUAUAGAGCUCGAUUGCUGGGAUGGAACGGGAGAAAACAAGGGAGAGCCAAUAAUUACUCAUGGGAAAGCCAUGAUUGACGCGCCGCUGUUGUUUUAUCAAAUACGUAUACUGACAUUCGAACCGACUCUGAUUUUCCCGUUAUUUUGUCGUUUGAAAAUCAUUGCUCCAAAUCUAAUCAACUCAAAAUGGCGAAAUAUGCUGCUUACCAAACCGCUAGACGACUUUCCGCUCGAAGCGGGAGUGCCUCUUCCUUCUCCAAAUCGUUUGCGUCGGAAGAUUUUAAUCAAAAACAAACGAUUAAAACCAGAAAUCGAGAAACAUCAGCUCGAUCAGUUCCUCCGAGAAGGAAAACUGGAUGAAGAAGAUGAGAUCAUCGAAACGCCAGAAGUGGUUGGAGAAGAUUCGGUGUCACCUCGUGAGUUCUUUUCUACUGAGAAUAUCGCAGUGAUUAGAUCUUUUCGCUUGAAGUGA